AUGGAGCAGUCAAAUAAUUUACCAAGUCCCAUCCCUGUUAUCUCUUCAUCUCCAUCGUCUACUUAUGUGAACUCAGAACCCGUCUCAUCGGAUGCCCCAAAUGACCACCAGGAUGGGUCUCAACAACCAGAGAAUGAUGGUAAUAUCAACGAACCUCCAGCCGACCCUCAGGGGCCGCCUCUAUGGCCUCGUGGCUGUAUCUCAGGCAUUCUGGAAGCCCUCCGUGACAGAUCUGAGCCUGUUAAAGAGAAGAAAGCCACCAAAGGCUGGCUUGGUGCAGAAGUUUGCGUCAAGUACCUACUCCGUGUAUGCGAAAACACUCCAUACAACGGCUCGGGUGGUAUUCGCACUAGGCAAGUCUCUCGCUCUCUCCGCCGCUCACGACUCAUGCGUCGAGGCUUGAUUCGUCGUCAAUUUGACAGAGGGAGAGGAAAUCCGUCCGUCAACUGGUGCAACAAAGAGCAGUGCGACUACGAAUUCAUCAUCUUCACAAACCCUAUUCUCUACCUCGGGAACCGCCCGAAAAGUUCGCAAGGAUUGCACGCCGAUGUAUACUUUCACGACUUUGCUAAUGCCAUGGUCAUGAAGCUCUUUGCCCCUGAGGACAGCAAGGCCAAGAGGCGUAAGGCCCUAGAGAUAUUGUCUUUCGUAGAUUCUCCCCCUGUCCGAGUUGCAUUCUCUCACUUCAUGGAGUGGUACAACUUGCUGGGCUUCACACUCUCUGAUCGCCAAUUCAGUCGAGCUCUGGCUGCGGUUCAGCCAGUGUUCCAGGGUCUCAUGUUUGGGGUCAGGACAGCAGCGAGGGUUGAUGCCAUUCAUGAAUACAUCCUCCCUGAAACCGAAGACAUGAAGCAAUGGACUCCUAGCCAGCUCAUCCUACGCUUUCUCGUCUGGUGCGAAAUAUGGCGACAGCAAAAGACAUCCCGCUCAGAAUCGUGGAAGCUCGGUUCCAGUAGAACGGCGACCGACUUUCUUACUGCCAUGCUUCUCAACUACAAGAUGAUGUGGCGAGAAGGCUGUUUGCAAACAAGCACCACCGAAACGAACUUGGUUUGGGAUCGAGUUUGGGAUGAUUGGUUACGCAAAUACUCCCUACAGGGAAUAGACGAGGUUGUCAAUGGCGAGUUCUUCUAUCCCCGAGAUCAGCUAGACAUGUCGGAGGAAGAGGUUUAUCGAGAAGUGGGAUAUCUUGGAGGUAUUGGUCAAUGCGAUGAUGUUUAUAGGCCCGUCAGGUGUUUUUUAGGAUAUGCAGAGGAUAGACUGAUGCAUUUAUGA